AAAUAACAAAAUGGCGGAUGCUCAAGUGAUUUCCACUCCUCCGUCCCAAAAUAUACUUCACCCAGACGCUCAAAUAUUAUCUUUGAGCGACAUUCCGGAAGACCUGUCCCCGUCGGUUCCACAAACACCAACGCAUGGCCGUGAGACGGUGCAAUCUGUAACUGAAUUCGGCGACUGUGGAAGCUCGGACGAUGAACCUGAGUUGUCUCCUGAUGGUGUUCUAGAUGAAGCCACAGUGGCUAAUGGUCUGUCUCUACUGGGAAGGACAGCAUGUAGUACAAUGCAGGCAUUCCUUCAUCUCACUCUACCAGGUUAUAACUUGAUUGAUCUUGGAAUAUUACAAAACUAUAUUCACCUACAGAAAGUGGAGAUUCCAUACAAUCGCAUUACAGAUUUAACACCUCUAGGUCACAUGCCACAUCUAAUAGAGUUAGAUGUGUCACAUAAUGAAAUUACAACAGUGUUAGAAUUCACUCCACCAUUUAACCUUCAGGAGGUUGAUCUGUCUUACAACCAGAUAGAAGAAAUGACUGAUUUAUCAGAACAUGCUGCGCUUACUAAACUUAAUCUUGAUAAUAAUAAAAUCAGUGAAAUCCAAGGUUUGACAUCUUGUAGGCGACUAAACUAUCUGAGUAUGGCACAUAAUAAGAUAAAGCAAAUUUCAAACCUGGAUCAUUUGCCAAUUAAAUAUUUGAACUUGAGAGGCAAUGAAAUACAAAAAAUAGAAAAUUUGGAGACAUUGUCUUAUUUGCAGUUUUUUAAUGUUGCUGGCAAUCUGAUAAGCAGCAUGAAAGGUUUACAGAACCAUGAUGUUCUUGAAAUGGUAGACUUAGAAGGUAAUGAGAUAGAUGACAUCACUGAGGUGAAAUACAUCAGAGACUUGAAAUUAUUGAGAGAGUUAAAUUUACUCCGAAAUCCAAUUCAAGAAUUAGAAGAUUAUCGCUUGUGUCUAUUGUACAGACUGCAGCAGUUGACACAGCUGGACAGAAGGAGAGUAGAGGUGGAAGAAAAGGUAACAUCAAUGAAUGCAUUCAAUCCACCAAUGAAAGUAGUAGCAGCCAGAGACCAUAUCAAACAUGUUGUGUUUUCUCUACUCCAACCAGCUGUUAUCUAUGAUAGUACUUUACCUAGUAUAGAAACACCUUAUCCUAUGCUAACACUGGUUGGACCGUCUGGCUCUGGGAAAAGAGAACUAGCUCAUAAGCUGGUAGAAGACUUUCCAGACUACUUUGGAUAUGGUAUAAUACACACAACACGAGCCCCUUAUAGUGGUGAAUUGGAUGGCAGAGAUUUUCACUUUGUCUCUCAAGAUGCAUUUCAAGAUAUUGAGAGUCAUGGCAAGUUCAUCCUGACAUAUGAGAAUUUUGGAAGUAUGUAUGGUCUAAGUAUGGAUGCUAUUGAAAGCAUUGCUAAGGAAGGUCUUGCCUGUAUUGUACAUUUGGAGAUAGAGGGUGUAAUGGUGUUAAAACAUAGCUAUUUUGAGCCAAGGUAUGUGCUGAUAAUACCAUUAGAUAAGACCAUUCACAGUAAGCGAUUACAUGAAAGAGGACAUUUCACUGUGUCACAGAAUGAACAAGUAUUGCAGAGAGAUGAACUUUACAUUGAAUUGAAUCAGCAGAAUCCUGGAUUUUUUGAUAUGACAAUAGACAGUAGCUAUAUCAUGGAAGCUUAUCGGAAAUUAAAAAAGUUAGUCAUGGAUUAUCUUGGUAUUAGUGGUACCCAAGGCUAUCCAAUUGCAGAUGAUCCAUCUACUGAUUCACAGACUACUACUACAGCGAACACAGUGAGAUCCAGCAAUGGAUCAAUGUCUGGUAGUGGAGUAAAGACAUGGUCAAAACAAGCAAUUGAUACAGCAUCACAACAGAUGACUCAGGCAAUGAGAAACAGACGCGAACCAUCUAAAAAUUCAGUGGAACAAGCAUCUUAUGAGCGUCGUCUGAGUGCAGCAAAGGCUGCUGCAGCAGGACUUAUUCCCAGACCAAUUGAUCAGUUGAUGAACAA